GCUGUUGCAGUGCGGCGCCCGGCCGUCGGGGGCCGCUGCUGGCGGCGUCUGCGAGUGAGCUUCCAGCGCGCCGUGCGAGGGCCGGAAGUGGAUAAUGGCGCGCUGCCCGGACGGCGGCAUGGGGGUCCGGCUCAGUGCCGACAUGGUCAAGUACUAUGAGGUGUUGGACUUCCAGUUCUGUGACGAGGUGGCGAAGUACGAGAAGAUGGCGAAGAUCGGACAGGGUACCUUCGGGGAGGUGUUUAAAGCACGUCAUCGGCAGACAGGGAAAAAAGUGGCUUUGAAGAAAGUUCUUAUGGAAAAUGAAAAGGAAGGGUUUCCCAUCACGGCCUUGAGAGAAAUAAAAAUCCUGCAACUGCUGAAGCAUGAAAAUGUGGUGAAUCUUAUUGAGAUCUGCCGCACAAAAGCCACGCAGUAUAAUCGCUACAAGGGCAGCAUCUAUCUGGUAUUUGACUUCUGCGAGCAUGACCUGGCUGGACUGCUCAGCAAUGCAAACGUGAAGUUCACUUUGGCAGAAAUCAAGAAGGUGAUGCAGAUGCUGCUGAAUGGGCUCUACUACAUUCAUCGGAACAAGAUCUUGCAUCGAGAUAUGAAAGCAGCCAAUGUUCUGAUCACUCGGGAUGGUGUGUUGAAACUGGCCGACUUUGGUCUGGCUCGAGCAUUUAGUCUGGCCAAGAAUAGCCAGCCAAAUCGCUACACCAACAGGGUUGUAACCCUGUGGUACCGUCCACCGGAGCUCCUGCUAGGUGAGCGAGACUAUGGACCACCCAUAGAUCUUUGGGGUGCUGGAUGCAUCAUGGCUGAGAUGUGGACUCGGAGUCCAAUAAUGCAGGGCAACACAGAACAACACCAGUUAACGUUGAUCAGUCAGCUCUGUGGCUCCAUUACAGCAGAGGUUUGGCCUAACGUUGAGAAGUAUGAACUGUACCAAAAGUUAGAAUUGCCUAAAGGUCAGAAGCGAAAGGUCAAAGACCGGUUAAAAGCCUACGUAAAGGACCCUUAUGCACUGGACCUCAUUGACAAGCUGCUCGUCCUCGACCCUACCCAGAGGAUUGACAGUGAUGAUGCACUUAACCACGAUUUCUUCUGGACUGACCCUAUGCCUUCUGACCUUAAAAACAUGCUCUCGACCCACAACCAAUCAAUGUUUGAAUAUUUGGCCCCUCCCAGGAGGCGAGGCAGUCACAUGCCUCAGCAGUCAACCAAUCAGAACAAGAAUCCUGCUGCAGCCAACCAGACGGAAUUUGAUCGGGUAUUCUGAAAUUGUUUGAAGAAGUUAAUGGAUUGUAGAGUGACUGGGGCAGGUUGUUUAUUUAUAUAGAUAGUGCCAUAUUUGAGGUCUUGUGAUUUGAAAAAUGUUGAACUGUUACACAUUAAUUGUGCCUAUUACUAAUUGGAUGUUGUCAAAGUUACUUCUCUUCGGAAGCAAAAGUGGAACUUUGGGUCCAGAGGUGACAUUCUGAGAUUCUCCUAUAGGAGUCUUGGAUUGAUUUCUGUUUUUUUCCCAGUGAUGCUAUAGUGUUGAGCAUAAAUUUAGAAUUGUUAUAGAGUUCUUUGUUCAAUCCAUAAUCAUUCCAUCAUUGGCUAGUGUUGAAUCACUUUUGAGUCAGUACUUGGAGCAAUGUGAAUGACACAAUACAUCCACAUUCUGUGUUGUUUUGGGAUGUGGGUUUGUAUUCAAGUUUCCCUCUGAUAUUGUCGUCUGUUGCAACCUGACUGGAUCCCAAAAGGAAAAUGGGGAAAGUCAAUCAUAUCACCCUAAACCAAGCUUGACAGGCAUAGACUGUGAAUGGCUUUCCUCUUGCACUGGUCAUGAGACAAGAGGAUCUUGGUAAAGACAGGAAAUCGAUUUAUAUUCUUUUAAGUUUAUUUUCUGAGGCUUGUGCACAAUAGGGAUCUUUGGAUGUUACGUCAGUUACAUGUUAAUGAGCUAUAUAUUGGAGAUUGUUUAAAAACGUAAACACCUAUAGCACGUUGAAGUACUACUGCAUCAUUUGUUAGUGGUAGAAUCUUAAUGAGGUUAUGACUUUGUUUCCUGAAACCCAAAACUUUGCCAGAAAUUUUCUUCUGUUUAAGGCAUUGGUACUUUUUACAUGGUCACGCUGUACAAAUAUUGAAAGAUUUAAGAAAAAAGUAAAAUGUCUUCUCACGGAUCAGUUCAUACAUCGAGUGAUUUGUAGAUACUGACAAGUUGUAAUAAAUUCUGUUUGUGCCAAUAGGUUUCUGAUUCCUGUUCUAACGCUGCCUCUUUACUGAGGGUUUCUUUCCUAGAGUGCCUGUCCACAGCUGAAUAAAAGUGAAAUGAAUAGAAUGAGUAUUAUACAGUAUCAUUGUCACCUUUCUAAGAAGUGCAGCCCUUUCUGUUAGCUUUCCCCUGCCCUUCGUGAUACAAUUGUGUGCCUCUUGGUCAUGAAAUUAAAUGGUUUCAUAGAUUCUAGCUACAGAGUAUUGCAUGCUCUGAAAAAAGUGUGCAAUAUAAGAACUCAUUUUAGUAGCUGCAGAACUGCUGUUGAAGUGAUAAAUAUUUCUUCUGCAAGGUGGAUUCACAGACCAGUUUAAAAAAAACAAAAAAAAUGCAGUUGUUCUAUUUAUUCUGUUUGCAGUUUUUGAUUUUAUUCCAACUUUGUCAUGACCAAAAAUCAUAUUGUCCACUGGCAGAAUAAAAUAGCCUCUUGCUACCUUAGGUACUGCCGGUACUUCCAGAUGUUUAAAUUACAGUGACUGGAAUGUCAGUUUAGGUUCGGUCCUCAGGAGAUUUUAAGAAAUACUGUUAAUGUGCAGUUCUUCAAUUCAGACAAUUUCAAGGUAAAAGAUUUAGUUACAUUGUACAAUACAGCAUUAGAGCAUAUGCAAAAUGUUUAACAGUUUAUAAUCACAUCAGUGAGUAUAAAUUCUAGGUUUUUAAAUAAAUUGUUCUAAAACAAUCCUGC